AUGCCUUCUGACCCCACACCCCGGACGUGUUCAUAUUGUAACACACAAUACUGUCGUCGAGGAUUCCGAACACACGAGAAUGCUUGCCGGAAGCGAUACAAACAAAGAAGAGAGGACAUUGAGCUUGCGAGGCUUAUUCAACAAGAUCAUUUGCCGCCGUCCAGAACGGCAUCACCUGUAUCUCAAUUUGAAGUUGAUGAUAUACAAGUCCGGUACCACCCCAACAGCGGGUGUCCUACACAAGUUUACCACUUCGAGGAUUAUAGAUCAGCACCUCCAAAAGUUGAUCCUGAGCCCUGGCGUCCAUUUCGCACUCGUAUUGACUUUGAAGUGGCCGAACUUGCCCAUGAAGCUGCACUAACUCAUGAGCAGACGGACCGGUUCAUUAAACUCAUUCACCGCAGUAGAUGCGAGUUGUUUACGCUUCGAAAUCGUAAAGACGUGCGGGACACGUGGGAUGCAGCCUCGUUCAAGUUGACUCCUUUUAUGAAGGAAGAGGUUGUCGUGCCCUUCCAAGGCAUUGAUCAGACCUUUCCAUUUUUUCAUCACUCACUAUGGGACUGGGCGGUGGACCUACUUCAAGAUCCUGAAGUUGGUCCACAUUUCGUUUUCGAUGCCCAACAGCUUUCGAAGUUCGAUGGCGAAAAAUUCAUUCGGUAUAUUCAUGAGCCUUGGACUGCUAAUGCCUUCUGGGAACAUCAAUCGAAGAUACCAUCAGAUGGCAAACCACUUGCGUUUGUCCUCUACGCAGACAAAGCCAAAUUAUCAUCCUUUGGUCGUGCAAAAGGUUAUCCGAUAGUUGCGCGGUGCGCUAAUCUUCCUGCUGCUGUUCGUAAUGGUGAGGGCUUGGGUGGUGGGCGAGUUGUAGGUUGGUUACCCAUUGUAAAAGAAGACAAGAAACAUUCCAAAAAGCCGGCCUUCGUCAAUUUCAAAAACGCGGUAUGGCAUACAUCGUUUUUGAUGCUGCUUGCUUGUCUCGCGCCACUAUCGAAGCUCGGAUCUCCUGUUAGAUGUUGGGAUGAUGUUGUCCGCACUUUCUAUCCAAUAAUACUGAUACUAUCUGCAGACUAUGAAGAGCAAGUCGUGAUGGUGUUGAUUCGUGGACUCAUGGGAAAGUUUCCUUGCCCUGUCUGCCUCAUUCCUCGUGAGGAGCUCUCCAAGGGACUAAACACAUAUCGGCUUCGCUCAUCUGGAGAUGCAAAGGCAUUACGUGCUCGGGCUCGAGACUCUAUGACAGCGGAAGUACGAGAGCAGAUAUUGAGCUCCGAGAGCCUCCGUGAUGUCGAUAAUGCAUUUGACACCAUGGAGCACACUGAUGUCUACCAAGCUUUAUCGUUUGACAAACUUCAUUUUAACGAUGAGGGAAAGUUCGAUCACCUGUGGACGGAAUUGCAAAAAUGGAUCACUAAUUCUGGUCGGCAAGCUGCAGUCUUCGAAUCGUUUCCACAUUGGCGAAAUUUGAAUCAUUUUGACCAGGUGGUGUCAAUAUCCUUUGCUGAUGGAACAAAAUACGAGGAUAUAUCAAAGCUGAUUGUUUUCGCUGCCCAUAAUGUAUUCAAACAUGAUCUGGACCCACAGGCUUACCUUCUGCUUCGUUGUAUUCGGAGUUACGUGGAAUUCAACACGUAUGCAUCGCUUGAGGUCCACACCGAGGAUACGAUCAGGGAUGGCCGAAAUACAUUGUUGGAACUUACUGAACUCAUGGAUAUAUAUAUCAAAGAUACAGCAGACUUCCUAGAGAAGUCAUGGAACUUUCCCAAGAUGCAUCUUUCCGCUCAUCUCUUUGAUGACAUCGAGGCAAAGGGCGUCACUCGAAACUACAAUACGAAGCCGAAUGAGAAAAUGCACGGCCCACUGAAGGAUGCUUAUCAAGAUCGCACAAACUUCAAGAAUUUCGCAGAACAGAUUCUUCGAUACAACCAUGAUAGCUUAGUUGCGGAAUACAUUCGUAGCAAGAUGGAGUGCCUUGAUGCGCAGAAUUUCGGUUCAUCAAUCGUGCCUGAUCCAUUGGAGGCUGAUUCAGAUGGGCUCGAAUCAACUGAACCAACUGACACGCAGCAUUUUAGUCUUGGUUCGCAGCAGGCAACCAAAUCAUUUGCAGAGAUUGAAGCAGCUAACGCAGGCGAUGCAGCCUUUGAUCGAUUCCGGAUCAAACUAAAUGAAUUUUUGAAUCGUGCAUUCGCUGCUAAUGGUAUACCAUUUCCCAAUGGAAGACGUAUUCAACUUGCUGCGAAUGACAUGAUAACCGAGUUCAGAUUCAUCAAAGUCAGCUACGAGUCACUCGUUGACUGGCGAAUUUCCGUGGACUAUCUCCGAUGUAAUCCAAUGUUCCAUGGAUCCCCUCGAUAUGAUUGCGUCAUCCUGCAGGCAGAAUCUGGUCCCAUCUUCGCCAAACUGUUGUUAGUCUUCACCUGCAUAGUUGGGGAUGUCACUUAUCCUAUUGCACUCACACUCCCAUACGAUCAACCGGUGGGCGCUCGACCGCGGAAGGAUAAAGACUUCAAAUUUUGGCGAGUCAAGGCGAAGCCCAGAGCCUCUGCUGAGUGCUUUUCGGUCCAGUCAAUAAUCCGCGGUUGUGUAUUGGCAGAGGAUAGUUCGAGAGCGAACGAGUUCUUGGUUGUUGAUACGACUGACACAGAUAUAUUCCUUCGAAUGAAGGAGAUUCGUGCAGAGGCUGGUUAUUAA